GAAAGAAGCUGCUGAAAGCUGUAAACCUAGGCAACUCCAUCUUGGGUGUGAGCCUACAAAGUACCCAGGAUAUCUUUAGGGAGCGGUGUCUCAGAAAGGCAGCGUCCAUUACAGUAUUAAGGACCUCCGGCACGCAGGGCAUAUCCUUUUCUGACUGUUACCAUCAGGUAGGAGGUACAGAAGCCUGAAGACACAGUCAGCGAUUCAGGAACAGCUCUGCCAUCCGAUUCCUAAAUGGACCCUUGGACUUUUUUAAUAUAUAGUAUUUCUAUUUUUUGCAGGAUUUUUAAUCUAUUCAAUAUAAGUUUACUGUAUAAAGUAUACUGAAUAAGUUACUUCAUUAUUUUUUAAAUUUUCUUCUAGAUUAUUGAACUGCUGCUAAAUUAAACAAAUUUCACGGCACAUGCCGGGGAUAAUAAAUCUGAUUCUGAGGUCUCUGGCUGUGUGUAAAAGGAGAUCGCGGCAGUCGGUUGUCAUUUCGCAGUGACUUGGAGCGGGAAGAGAUAAAGAAUUUAAUUAUUGAUUUUAGUUAAUGUUUUGUAGAUAUAUUUUGUAUUUCAGUCCAGGGAGGAUUCAUGUGAUCAUUUCGUGGUUCUGUUUUCCCCCUCAAACUUUAAAUACCUGCAGAAGAUUAAAAUCUCAAUUCUCUCCGCCUGUCGGGCGGAUUCCGUUUUCCGGUAGGACCGAAUCCACUCACACAGUGAAGCAGACGCAUAUUUCUGAUUCAGCUAAUUGAAGGAAGUAAAAUCGAUUAUUGAAAUUAACGUGAAAUUUAAUAAUUCGGGUUGGAAACUAGACCCGGUUGUUCUUGAAAUUGGCGGGCGAUUUGAAAUUGAACCCUCUGGUGGGAUUGGCUGAAUUCUGACCCUCAGGCUCCAGUUUCCAUAUUUGGUCACAGGUAACAUUCCCCACCAUCCCCCAGCUUUCAAACUGAUGGAAGAAAAACAGCCAAUCGCAGCGCUGGGAUCCGAUAAUGGACAUCUCCUAUCCCACCAAUAAGGAUGUGGGCGGCUCUUCUCAACCCUUUUAAAAGGCGGUCCCGGGUUAUGCUCCGACACUCCUAUUUGGGACUGCGAACAGGUUUCUGAAGCGGAAUGGCCCGGACCAAGCAGACGGCGCGCAAGUCGACCGGAGGGAAAGCUCCUCGCAAGCAGCUGGCGACCAAAGCGGCGCGGAAGAGCGCUCCAGCCACCGGCGGAGUGAAAAAGCCCCAUCGCUACCGGCGCGGCACUGUGGCUCUGCGGGAGAUCCGGCGCUACCAGAAAUCCACCGAGCUGCUCAUCCGCAAACUUCCCUUCCAGCGCCUGGUGCGGGAGAUCGCUCAGGACUUCAAGACCGAUCUGCGCUUCCAAAGUUCAGCUGUCAUGGCCCUGCAGGAGGCCAGUGAAGCUUACCUGGUGGGGCUGUUCGAGGACACCAACCUGUGCGCCAUCCACGCCAAGCGAGUCACCAUCAUGCCCAAAGACAUCCAGCUGGCUCGGCGCAUCCGCGGGGAGCGCGCCUAAACCCGACCUCGGCACAAAGCACAACAAAAAGGCUCUUUUAAGAGCCACUAACUAGGCAGAUAAAGGGCUGUCUCAUUCUAUUUACUUACAUUCCCCUCGGUUGGCUGUGUUUACCGAGAGAUCCCUGAAUUGCUUACAAACUACAAACGGUUGACCCCGAGAAUCGGCCAUUAUUAACUUCUCAGGGCAUCUCUGUCCCAUACCCUGCCUUACAGCUGGCUGCUGCGGGUGAGGUUUCCCGAUAUUUGUGGUUGUUACUGUUAAGAAAAUCGGAUUUUCAUAAAUCCAAGCAACACAAAAUGCUGGAGGAACUCAGCAGGCCAGGAGCAUCUAUGGGAGAGUUCUGAUGGAAGGUUUCGGCCUGAAAUGUCGACUGUUCACUCCUUUCUCUAGAUGCGGCCUGGCUUGCUGAGUUCCUUCAGUAUUUUGUGUCUGAUGCUUUAAUAAAUGCAGUCUUCCAUUUAGUAACUAUUCGAAUCCAUGGUAGGUUCACGGAGACACAACAGUUUGCAGCUGCAGGUAUUACGUCCUUUCACAUACAGUAUUAACUAUUUUUUUCUCUCCUUAUAAUUUCGCUUUAGACCGCAGUUUAAAAAGAGAGAACAGUGCAUAGCCUGAUUAAAUUUAUACAAAUCAGCCGCGAAUACAGCCUGAAUCGGCUUUUGGAAGCGUUAAUGACCAGGAACAUUCAAACGUGAUCUAAAUAAAACUUGGCCUGUUACUGUGAA